AUGUGUGCAAGACUUUUCUUGACAGCUUCGCUCCCGAUAAGGAGCUUUGGGAACUCACACCCGAAGGACCAGCUGGGAAUUCUUGGUUUGGUGUUGAAUCGGGUCCUUGACCUUCGCUCUUUCAAGGAUUAUAUCAGUCAAGAGGGACUCAGUGAAACUGCUCGUAACUUGCGUGAUAAGAUUACAAAGCUUAAUGAGCAGGUCAGCACUUGGCAGGAGGAGCUCGUUGCUUUGCCUGAGUUUGAGGAGGUGCCCGAUCCUCUCUUGUUAUCUCGAAGUGAGGCACGAGAAAGAGCCGAUAUCCAGAGACAGCGUGAAACGCUCGAACGGAAGAUUGAAGAGAACAAGGAUAAAGUGGAGGAGUUGCUUGGAAAGCUCACGGUAGAAAAACUAGCAAAGGCUCAGUCUAAACGUCUAUUGCCUAUUGGUGAAGACCGUCAUUUUCGCCGUUACUACUGGUUCCAUGGAAAAUCAGCUGAUGAUGGCAUCUGGAUCCAAGAUGUAAAUGGGUCUGACAGAAAUUCAUUAACCGCGCAUGGCAUCAAAAGCCAGGGAGCAGUUCGAGAGCGAGAUAGAGGAGGAUGCAUAAAUAGGAAGAAUCGAAAACGAGGAAUGCCAAAGCCCAAUCGCACUCGAACGGGUAAUACAAAUAUCCCGAUAUCCAUGCUCCACAGGCGCUCUCGCUGCCAGAUUGAAGAAGACUCAGAGCAAUGGCGCCCAUCCUCCGAACCGAGAGUUCCUCAAAAAGAACAAGGAGGCGAUACUCACCAGUAUCACUGGAGGAAGUGCAAAGACAAAGCAAGACGUAGGCCUGAUCCUGGUGAAAUCGAUGUCGAAGAUGAGGAUCUGUCCGCAGAAUCGUUGACUCCGCUUCGCAAGACUAUCAUUCAGCUAGCUUCCGAUCUAAGAGACAGUUACUUCACCAGUAUCGCGAAAAUCGAAGACUUCGAAGCUGAAGUUCUUUGCUGUACAACGCUUGAUGAAGUGAAGAAAAAGCUGCGAGAACUCGCCGAUAGCAUUACACCGUCCGCUAUUGUUCGACGGUUGGAUUUCAAAGUUGCUCAGCAAACUGGACAGCACUCGUGUUUGAUUAUGGAUCGGUGGAAACAACGUUUGGCAGAAUGUCACAAUGUUUCCGGCGUUCAUCUUCUUCGAAGUUACCUCGACGCACGUAUUGACUGGAAGAAGAGUGUCGUUGAAAAGCGGUGCAACUCGUGCGGUAGCAGGCGAAGUCCUGAAGCCAAAAUUGCAUGCUCGAAUUGUGCUGUUGUCGUUCACUUCUACUGUACUCGACCUCGGCUUCAAGAGAAGCCCACAUUCUGGCUGUGCCCAAUAUGUGAAAGGGCUGAAAUGAAAAAGAAAAAGGAAGAAACUAGUGCGCAGCGUUCGGGCAGGAUAUCUUAUAAAGAAACUGAUGCUGGAAAUUCAAGCGGUGAUGAGUCGGGUGAAGAUGAAAGUGAUGAGUCAGAAAGUGACGAGGACGACUUUUUCGCGAAUAAG